UUAUUAGAAAUUUCAUUUUCAAUGAACAUUAUGUCUAAUUAAUUUUAUUUUUGUUAAAAGUACCUACGCUCUGCACUGGUCGUAUCGUUUGCGAUGGCUUACUUGAAAUAUUAAUUACUAUAACCCAAUAGGUUAAACUUACAGGUUUAGUUACGUCCAUACCUAUCCUUUACUGGAUUCGUGUUUAUGUACUUACAUAUGUAGUUUGAUCACAAUAAUUGUGUACUACAUGUAAUUUAAGCUUCAAAUUAAGAAUUUACUUGGAAUAUGUACUUAUAUUAAUUCCCAUAACGUUAAAAGACUCCGUCAUAUUACGUAAAGGUGAUACACACAUGACUUCAAAUAAGUCAAAAGGAAGAGCAGUGCAUACGCAAUAAGCGUAGUUCAAAAUAUCACUACUUCAUUCUAAUUACAGUCUUUGCGAUGUUUGCGCGUCAUAACCAAUACAUUAAUUGUGGCUUAUUUCUUUGUUUUACGCUCUGUGUAUUCUUAUUACUAUUGAGUUUCGAGUUCAAAAAUGUGAAUAAAUAUAAGUUAACAAAAGUGGUCAUAUUUAGCAGACACAAUUUAAGAACACCUUUGUCUAAAAACCUUCAGCACAUAACACCUUAUACCUGGCCAGAAUGGAAGGAGAAACCAGGGAUUUUAACUCAAAAAGGUUUUAUGUUAGAAAGUUAUAUGGGAACUUAUUUCAAAGACUGGCUACAUGAUUAUGGGUUGUCGCCAGAUAGUUGCCCUGAUGAAGAUCUGUUUUAUGUCUAUGCUGAUUUGAUGCAAAGAACUCUGGAAUCAGCUAAAGCAUUUGUUUUAUCUGCUUAUCCUAAUUGCAAUAUAGUAAUUCAUAGAAGUGUUAAGAAAACUGACCCAGUUUUCAGGCCUUAUAUUCAUAACAACAGUGACAGCUUUAGGAGGAUAGCUAUCAGUGAAAUGGAAGCCAUCUUGAAUAGCUUAGAUUUGAGAAGUUCAUAUGAAAAUAUGGAAUCAAUUUUAAACUAUAGAGCUUCAGAUUCAUGUAAACUAGAUAAAAGAUGUGAAAUGGUAGGUGAGAAGAAUGUCUUGAAUAUAAGUGUCGGUGAAAAACCUAGUGUAAAGGGUCCCUUAAAACUGUGCAAUGAAGUUAUUGACUCCUUUCUGAUGGAGUACUAUAAUGGUUUUGCGCCACAAAAUGUUGCAUGGGGCAAACUUUCCCAAUUAAGAGACUGGCAAUCCAUUUUAGACCUCACUGUGGGUUAUCAUAGUGUCACAUAUAACACAACACUAAUUGCCAAAGAUAUUGCUAAACCACUUAUCAUGUUCAUGAAACCAUUAUUUACAAAUGAGAGUCCCAAAGUAUCACUAUUAAUGGGACAUGAUUCAAAUAUUAAUGUCCUUUUAAAGGCAAUGGAUUUUAAAAAUUAUAUGUUGAAUAAUUCGCUGGUGUCUGUGCCAAUUGGUGGCAAAAUAGUCUUACAGAAAUGGUAUGAUGUUGUAAAGAAAGAGUACUUGUUGAAAAUUGAAUAUAUUUAUCAGUCAACUGAGCAAGUAAGGGAUAUGGUGGUUGUAUCACGGGAUAUUCCUCCUCAAUUUUUAACUUUAGAAUUAAAAAGUUGUCCAGUCAAUGAAGAGGGAUUUUGCCCUUGGGAUGUUUUUAUAAAGUUUUUAAAUGAUUUAUAUAAUAUUUGAUUUAUGCAACCAUUGUCCUAAUUAAUUUGAAAAAUAUAUAACUCCACUUUUAAUGGAUACAUAAUAUGUCAAUGACAUAAAACAAAAUAUUUAUUAUGGGCAAUGUGCAUAAUUCAAGAAUUCUAUACAAUAUCUAGGUCUGGGCCAUCCAUGUUAUAUUUUAUGAUGUAUUUGAAAUACUUUCCCUAGUAAACAUUGUGUACAAUUCUAAUGAAUUGUAAAGGAUACAGGCUAAUCUACCUACAGUGUGUUAUGUAAAUAUAUUAAUAUAAUUUUUAGUUACCUACCAUGAUAUAAAGUAUUAUGUAUGAUUGAAGUCAGUAUUUUUAUUGUAAAUAAAUGAAAUGAAUUCAAGGCAAUAUAA